UGUUUCAUGAAAAGUCGGACUUUUUAUCUCGACGGACUAAAUAAUGUUUUCCGCCUCAUUUGUGUCUUAUUGCUGUUCCAUUUGAGCGUUUAUUUGAAGUUAUUUUUUUCUCAAACUUUAUUUUUGACUUCGAUUUUUUUGGUUAAAGACGUUCCGCACUGUGACAAAAUGGGGAAGAGACAACAUCAGAAAGACAAAAUGUACAUCACCUGCUCCGAGUACACGGAUUACUAUGGAGGCAAGAGAGCAGUGAUUCCUCAGAACAACUUCAGACGUUUACCCUUCGACCAUUGCAGUUUAUCUCUGCAGCCAUUCCAGUAUCCAAUGUGCACUCCUGAAGGAGUUCUCUUUGAUCUCCUGAGUAUUGUUCCUUGGGUAGAGAAAUUUGGGACUAACCCAAUCACAGGCGAGAAGCUUGAAACCAAAUCAUUAAUCAAACUCAAUUUCAGCAAGAACAGUGAGGGAAAAUACCACUGCCCAGUGCUGUACUCUGUAUUCACAAAUAAUUCACACAUUGUGACCAUUAAGAACACUGGAAAUGUGUUUUCAUAUGAGGCAGUGGAGCAGCUCAAUAUCAAGACCAAAACCUACAAAGAUCUGCUCACAGAUGAGUCAUUUACUCGCCAAGACAUUAUCACACUACAGGAUCCUACAAAUCUUGACAAGUUCAAUGUGUCAAACUUCUUUCAUGUUAAAAACAAUUUGAAGGUUUUGAAUCCAGAUGAAGAAAAGGCAAAGCUGGAUCCAUCAUAUCACCUGAAAUCAACAAACCUCGAGACCCAAGAGACAUUAGCUGAGCUAUACAAGGAAUAUAAAGGAGAUGAAUUACUGGCCUCUACCAUGAAAGUUCCAGAGAAGAAGAAAACUGAUAAGCUCAAUGCUGCUCACUACUCUACUGGCAGGGUUUCUGCAUCUUUUACUUCGACAGCAAUUUCACCCGAAACAACACAUGAAGCAGAUUCCAUUGAGGAGGAUGUUGUGCGUUACCAGUAUGUGAAGAAGAAGGGUUAUGUCCGGCUACACACUAACAAAGGCGACCUCAACCUGGAGCUACAUUGUAACAUGGUUCCAAAGACCUGUGAAAACUUCAUCAAGCUUUGCAAAACAGCGUACUAUGAUGGCACAGUUUUUCAUAGGUCUAUUCGAAACUUUAUGAUUCAAGGUGGGGACCCAACAGGAACAGGAACAGGUGGGGAAUCCUGUUGGGGUAAGCCCUUCAAAGAUGAAUUCAAGCCCAACUUGUCACAUGCAGGCCGUGGGGUCCUCAGCAUGGCAAAUUCUGGACCAAACAGUAAUAAAUCUCAGUUUUUCAUUACAUUUCGUUCCUGCACUUACCUGGAUAGAAAACACACAGUCUUCGGAAGAGUUGUUGGUGGCUUUGAUGCCCUAACUGCAAUGGAAAAUGUAGAAAGUGACCCCAAGACUGAUCGCCCAAAGUCAGAGAUUAAGAUUCUGAAUGCCACAGUAUUUGUGGACCCGUAUGAGGAGGCUGAUGCUGAGAUUGCAGCAGAAAGAGAAAAGGCUCUCAAACUUGAGGAAGAAGAACAUGCAAAGGUGAAUGCUGUUCUCCCAAAGAGCAAGGCUGAAGAGAUGCCGAAGACUUACCGUGCAGGCGUUGGGAAAUAUAUUAAUAUGUCACAACUAAAACGUGCCAACACUGGAGUGGAUGAUGAGCCAUCAACAAGUGGAGCAGGUCAUACAACAUGCAAAAAACUGAAAGGAAAGACCGGCUUUGGCGAUUUCAGUUCCUGGUAGCAUGCCCACAUUUGGGGGAAAAAAUAACUCCUGACUAUUGCAACACAAGAUGACGACGAAUUGCCAUCCAAAAUAUGCAGGACAGGCUUUGAAAAUGGAUGGUUACACAGUGCAACAAGGAAUAUCAUCAUUUGUUUCUUUUUUCUUUUUUUUUUUUUAAACAUAAUUACUACUCCUUUUAAUUCCCUUUUGCCAUCUGUACUUGCCCCAUUUUUAUUUUGUUUCUUUUUAUAUAAAUGCAGACUGAAUAAAAUUACAGCAACUGUAAAGCUUCUCACCACAUCACUUGCAGUGUCUGAGCCACAUUAAAUCAGGCCCUACUUACAUCCUGCCAGGGUGGCGUUUGCUAAAGUGGCCCCCCAAGGGAGGGUCUGUUUUUUCCAUUGCUGGAUUGGCAUGCUAUAAAAGCUUGUGGCAAGCUCAAGGCAUUUUCCUGCCACCAGAAGAGCUGCACCCAGACCUCAAGGAAAGAAAAUCGAUUUUAGCUUCUCUUCCCUCGUACACUGCCUCCCAUAUUAAAUAAAGACCAAGAUCCCAGAAGACCAAUGAGCAGAAGGUAGGAACAAUGACCUCAGGGCUAGGCCCUGGCAGUCGCAGCAUAGGGAAAAAGGGGCUUUUAAAUGUUGCAUUAGUGUCUUAAUUAAACUGCACUGAUAGAGAACCAGAUGAUUAUGAAUAAUGUAUGAAAUGUAGAAGGUUUUAACACACAAUGCUGUUGACAAAUGCUUUUUCAUUUAACUGAAAAAUGGUGAAUACCACUUGAGUUGUUAUUGUGGUGUUUGUAUGGCAACUUUUUAAAGAUGCAGUUAAGGGAAGGAUGUCUUCCACUUUUAUGUAGGAACUAUAGCAGCUGUUCCUGUUAUUGUUAAGUGGGCUAUGAAUUAGUUUUAUUUUGGUAACUUUUUAAAAUUAGCUUCCAUGUGGUUUACAUCUGACUAAGGUGUUUUUCACUACUCCCCACCAUCUGGGGCAUUUAUUUAUUUAUUUUGGCCUGUGCUUAGUGAUAAAGCCCACCAUCUGUUCAUUUAAAAAAAUAUAAUAAUCUGAAUAGUAGCAUGCUAUGGAGGUGCUGCCACUGAGAGUUCUGGACUUGUUUGCAAGUAAUAUCUACUGCUGAUAAGUCAUUUAACAGUUCAUUUUUUCUGAUAAUGUAUUUAAUGGGUAGCUGAGCAUUGUCACUUUAAACCUUUUAGUAAAAAACAACUAUUAAUGCCUGGUACUCAGUGCUCUUCAGGAUUUAUCCUGAUGGGGACUGGAGGUGUUUGUCCCUCUCUGAAUGCCACAGUUUACUCUAUUCAUGUCGCAGUAUGCACAUCUCUACAUACACCAUCCCAAUACCAAUGUCUGGAGUGAAAAAUUGUUUAAACAGCUGUCUCCUCAUCAAAGCCAAAUAAGUUAAAGCACUUUCCUAUACAACCAACUCUCAGAUCAUACUUUACCAUGCACAACGGAUUGACAGCCAUGUUCCUUAAUGCUUGGCAGGUGUUGUAGCAUAUUUUGAUUGUUAGUAAGUCAAAUUUUUCUUCAUCCAGUUGGCCCUGAAACCCACAAACUGUAAUUCUUUUAGAAGGUUUAAAAACUUUGUAAUGGUUUUCUUUGCAUAAAACAAUUAAAAGGUUU